AUGUUUCCACUGCGAGACCUGCAAGAUGACCCUAAACAUGAAAAACUACAAGGGCUACGAGAAGAAGCCGUACUGCAAUGCAUUCGCUACAAGGAGGAGUUUGAGAAGAACAAGGGGAAAGGUUUCAGCGUGGUGGCUGACACCCCGGAGCUGCAGAGAAUCAAAAAGACUCAGGAUCAGAUCAGCAACAUAAAAUACCACGAAGAGUUCGAGAGGAGCAGGAUGGGCCCGAGUCCCAGCGAGGGCGCUGAGCUGGAGCGCAGGAACUCCCAGGAGAGCAGCAAUUACCGGAGACCCGCGGAGCAGCAGCAUCAGCCGUCUCACCACGUCCAACCCAGCAACCCAGCUCUGCCCACCUGGGGCAGGGCGCGGGGGGGUCCGUGCCCACUGACCCCUCUCUCCCCACAGAAGCGUUUCCGCGCCGUCUACGAUUACAACGCGGCUGAUGAAGACGAGGUCUCCUUCCAAGACGGCGACACCAUCAUCAACGUGCAGCAGAUCGACGACGGAUGGAUGUACGGCACGGUGGAGCGCACGGGUGACACGGGCAUGCUCCCCGCCAACUACGUGGAGGCCAUCUGA